GCCCAGCCCUUAUCUCACCGCUUAUAACUCGGAAGCUAAAACCCUAAUUAGGUCUCCUUUCUCAUAUAUUGAUUGACACCAUAUUUCAGCCGUAACCAAACAGCCGAGGGAGGGACAAAGCUUUCCAGUUCAACAAUGGGAGCUUAUACUUAUGUUUCUGAGCUAUGGAGGAAGAAGCAGUCAGAUGUGAUGAGGUUUGUGCAGAGGGUUAGGUGCUGGGAGUAUCGUCAGCAUCCUUCCAUUGUGCGUGUCACUCACCCAACUCGUCCCGAUAAGGCCCGUCGUCUCGGCUACAAGGCCAAGCAGGGCUAUGUGGUAUACCGUGUGCGUGUAAAACGUGGUGGACGUAAGAGACCUGUUUCCAAGGGUAUCGUAUAUGGAAAGCCCACAAACCAGGGUGUUACUCAGCUGAAAUUUCAACGUAGCAAACGAUCAGUUGCUGAGGAACGUGCGGGUCGCAAACUUGCUGGUCUGAAGGUUCUCAAUUCCUACUGGGUCAAUGAGGAUUCAACCUACAAGUACUUUGAGGUAAUUUUGGUUGAUGCUGCCCACACUACUAUCCGCAAUGACCCACGGAUCAACUGGAUCUGUAACCCUGUGCACAAGCACAGAGAACUACGUGGACUCACCUCUGCUGGAAAGAAAUACAGAGGUCUUCGUGGAAAGGGUCACCGUAAUCACAAAGCACGACCUUCAAGAAGGGCUACCUGGAAGAGAAACAACACAUUGUCCCUUCGACGUUACCGUUAAUCAUCAUAGAGUGUUAUAUGUCACAGAUAAUACUCAUAUAGAGUAUUCUCUGUCACUAAGAUCAUCAUCCUUUUGGAUUUCUAGUGUACUGUUUCUAUUUUCUGCUAGGACUUACCUUGAAGCAUUUUUAACAUUCUGAGUGCAAGAUACUAAGUUUUGUGUUUGUUUAAUAUUAUAUUUUGCAUUAGACUUGUCAA